CAGCUUGGCACCCCCUUACCCCGCCCUCGCCGCCGCCGCCACACACUCGCAUGCUUCUCUCCAUCUUGUGAUUUCUUUUUUCCUUUUGAACCCUCCAGUGGGGGUGCGAGUUUGUAUUUAGCCCCUCCACUCUACUGCCUCUUUUCUAACCGCUCUCCUCCCCCCUCCCCCAGCUUGGUGUGUGCCUUUUUCUCUUCUCAUUCCUCUUGAAUUUUAUUUAUUCAUAUUUAUUUGGCUCCUGCUCUCUUCCCUCUCGUUCUCUCCUUCCCUCCUUCUCUCCGGAUCCCUGCUCUCUCCCCGGAGUGGCGCGUCCAGUGCUCCGCCGCUGGCCAGGCGUGAUGUUGCACGUGGAGAUGUUGACGCUGAUGUUUCUGGUGCUCUGGAUGUGUGUGUUCAGCCAGGACCCGGGCUCCAAGGCCGUCGCCGACCGCUACGCCGUCUACUGGAACAGCAGCAACCCUAGAUUCCAGCGGGGUGACUACCACAUUGACGUCUGCAUCAAUGACUACCUGGAUGUUUUCUGCCCUCACUACGAGGACUCGGUCCCAGAAGAUAAGACCGAGCGUUACAUCCUCUACAUGGUGAACUUUGAUGGCUACAGUGCCUGCGACCACACUUCCAAAGGGUUCAAGCGAUGGGAAUGUAACCGGCCUCACUCUCCAAAUGGACCACUGAAGUUCUCUGAGAAAUUCCAGCUCUUCACGCCCUUUUCUCUAGGAUUUGAGUUCAGGCCAGGCCGGGAAUAUUUCUACAUCUCCUCUGCAAUCCCAGAUAAUGGAAGAAGGUCCUGUCUAAAGCUCAAAGUCUUUGUGAGACCAACAAAUAGCUGUAUGAAAACUAUAGGUGUUCAUGAUCGUGUUUUCGAUGUUAACGACAAAGUAGAAAAUUCAUUAGAACCAGCAGAUGACACCGUACAUGAGUCAGCCGAGCCAUCCCGUGGCGAGAACGCGGCACAGACACCCAGGAUACCCAGCCGCCUUUUGGCAAUCCUACUGUUCCUCCUGGCGAUGCUUUUGACAUUAUAGCACAGUCUCCUCCCGUCACCUGUCACAGAAAACACCAGGGUCUUGGAACACCAGAGAUCCACCUAACUGCUCAUCCUAAGAAGGGACUUGUGAUUGGUUGCUUUGGCAGAUGUCAGAUUUUUGUUUUCUUUCUUUCAGCCUGAAUUCUAAGGAACAACUUGGGGCCUGUGGGGGCUCAAGUAGUUGCUGCCUCCCUCACCCCACCCCCGCCCUUGCCCUUGACUUUUCUCACCCCUUCCAAAUUAAAUGGACUCCAGAUGAAAAUGCCAAAUUGUCGUAGUGACCCCGGUGGUCAGCAGCGCCUGCGCACUCUCCUGUAGGAGCUCCCCUUUAGGGCCCUGUGUCAGCAGCACGUGGACGAGGAAGAAUAGUGGCAGAUGCAGCCGGGGAUGGCGAGGCCCAGGAGGGUUCUUCUCUCCCAUCCAAUAUUUAUGCCUUUUCAUUCAGGACUGUAAGAGAAUCGUGCAGGGCAGCAUGUCACCAUGUCACGUCCAGAGGGGAGGUAUUAAGGACAGGUAUAAUAUUACACUAUUUCCUCUAGGGUGUGUAAAUGAACAGGCUUCUAAAAGGUUGAGACACUUUUUUUUUUUUAGAUGACUGUCUUGACAGCAAAAUGUGUGCUCCAUAAAAGAAGCCUUUUUCCUAGGCGGCGGGUAGGGUGCCGGAAUGCUACCCAGAGCGAGUGCGCGUGACAUCAGAGAAAACUUAGGUUUGGUGGGGGUGUGUAUGUAUGAGUGCCUCUAAUUUUUUUGGUGACUGGGCGGUAUACACCAGAUUAUUUUUCCCUUUGACUACAGAUCACCAUGGUGCUACAACUAUUUUUGUUUUUAAAGAAAUUCAAAGAGGCAUUUUUAUGAAUAAAGUGACCUUCCCCAAGGCUGACAAGCCAGGGUUGAUGAGUGCAUCAUGGAAUAGCUUUGAAUCCUCCUCUGGGGCACACUUUGUACCAAGGAACACAGGUCCGUGGCCAGAGGAGAGGUGAUUUGGCUUUGCUGGAGCGCCAGUGUGCCGUGGCCUUUCCCCGACUCCCACCCUAGCACCCACGUUUUGCUCCACACUCGGUGACGACAGGGGCUCGGACACAAACCCCUGGCACCCGGAGAGUCAGUCAGCACGACUUGGGAGGGCUAAAGGGAAAUUUGGAAUAAAAAUUCCAAAGUGUGGAAUAAAAAAAAUUCAAGUGUUGAUUUUAUAUUCUUUCCCUUUCUGACACAGCCUGAAAGCGUAGGGGGAACAUGUGUUUAUCGGUGGGAGAUAAACAAGAUGGAGUCCCAAAGACUUUAACAAAAUAUUUUUUUAAAAAUCCACUAGAAUAGAAAAUACAUUAUUUAGAUAUACUUUAUGCUGAGAGUGUAUAUGCUUGUCCUAUUUAAACUUGUGAGAAAAAGUGGUAUCCCUUGAUACAUUUAGAAAUAUGGAGGCUAUCUUGUUUCCUUGUGGGGGUGGGGCGGAAGGAGAAUACAUGCAGGAUGACCCUGUCUGCUUAAGGAAUCUCAGCAUGGCCAGCAAGGGAUGUUUCCAGUUAGUUACCAGGAAAUGCACGCCUUGGGGGCUUCUACUGGUGAAGCUAUCACGAACUUUGAACUCGGAAGCCUAGACAGGGAAGAGCGGCAGACCAAGGGAAAAGAAAUCUUGCCGUUUCUGCUAUUGCACGACAUCAACAGAAAACAUGCCUUUCGAAACAAAACAAAAAAUAUAUGCGAUGAUCAUGUGAGAUGUGAACAAUUGGAAGAAUUCCAGCAAAAUAAGUGAUUUUAAAAAAUGUAUGUGUUAAAAAAAGGUGAGGGGGGGGGGUCUUCUUAUGGACCGAUUUCGUGAAUGGGAACUUGGUAAGCAUCAGGAGUAGUUCUGAAUUAGAGAAGUAUGUGCGAGAAGGCAGCUAGCUGUAAAGGCGCUGCUCCCUGGGGAGCUGUGCACGUGUUGAAAUGUAACCCGGGCUUACCUGAUCUGUUUGGGGGGUGUUGCUGCUGGUCUCUGUGCCCUGGGAACCAGUGAGUGGGGCCGCCAGCCUCGCAGAUACUAUGGGUCCUGUCCCCCCAGACAUCAGGGCCUUCUCGGGUGUGGCAUGGCAGAGUCUUGUCACAGAGGCAGCCACCAUUUCGCUGCAACAAAAGUUCACAGCAUUGGAUUCUUUUUUUCCUUCAACUGUUUAGCUGCUCAGUACUCUCAGUAAUGUCCAAUAAUACUUCUUUUUAUGAAUAGUUACACAGGCUUGUUGGUCCAGUGGGAUAUGGGUAGGAGGGAAAGAGAUACCUUCUAAAAUGGAUCAAUAGUCAGAACCAAAAUAAUACUGCAUGUUCUAUAACCACAAGGAAAUCAAAUGAUCCUGUAAUGAUGCCAGUUAGUCAUAACUACAUUAGCAGUGCUAAUUUCAUUUUAGAAAUGGUGACUUCUGUGGUUUUCCUAGCAUUUGUCUCUAACAAAUGAUGAAAUAAUUACUCAUGGCCCUCUCUGCCACUCUCUUUCAUUUUUCACAGUGAAAUUAGACCCCUUCCCUUCACCAUUGUGCCACUGCAAAUUAAGUUUAAAAAAAGAAAAAAGUAGCAAGACUAUCCAUACCAGUAGACAGUGUGCUUCUCUACCUAUAAAGUGAUGUAAUCGUAGGUAAUGCUUGCCGCGGAGUUUUCAAGAAGAUGAUUGGUAUCAGGCAGUUUUCAUCUUGUCCAAAAAGUGCUGGUGGCCUUUUGUGGUGUCGUGACAACCCUCUGGGGGCUUAGGAAGAUGUCGAUGCAACUUGGUAGGAGCUUUUCAUUUCAAAAAAACAAUUCAAAAGUCUGAAGGGCAGCCUUCGCUGCCACUCAGCCCAUGAGUCAGACCCCAGCGACCUUUGCCCCCGGUUGCCUAGGGCUUUGCAACAUGAAGCAGGGAAAUAAGGAUCUGUCUGUUUAGUGGAUACCGUGUAUCCUUUGAUAGGCCAGGUAACAGUUUGUGUUAGUUUAGACUCUUGUUUUGUACUGUACUUUCUUGGGUGGCAGAGGAAAGAAAAGUAAAACAUUAAAAAAAAACUGCGUUCUUUAAAUUCUGUAUUAUUAGCAACCUCUGUUGUAUAUAGUGUUUGAUAAUAAAGUAUUAAUUUGAUUCUUA